AGAUAGCAGACAGUUCGUAUCACCUUCACAUAGUGAAGUAAAUCAAGUGUCAGCAUCUUACCCGCGUCAGAUUUGGGUUGCUCAAUGUUGCCCUGAUGUUCAUUGCAGUGUGUUGGAGGUUGUUCGAGCAGUGGGAGUUGAGUACAGGAGCUCUCUCCGAUCUGAAGCCCUAGGCGCUGCUGAGACAGACAUUUCCGGAGUGGAAGCGGCUGUGCAACCAACCGAGAGGCUGCCUGCAGCGGCAGAGAACAAGGACACCAAGUUGCAAACAAUCCAGUCCCAGCCUUCGUCAGUUGUCAACAAGAAUAGUGGAGUCAGUAUGUAAGGAUCGGAGUUUUUGGUGAAUUCCCAAGUUGCAAUGAAUCCUGAAAACUUCUCUUUAAGUGAACAGAUUGUCUCUCCUUCCUACAUUCGGCAAGGUUCACAGGCUCGUCGCACACAUGAGCACUUAAUUCGGCUUCUAAUAGAAAAGGGUAAAUGCCCAGAAGAUGGAUGGGAUGACAGUACUAUUGAGCUUUUCCUACAUGAACUGGCUAUUAUGGACAGCAAUAACUUCAUUGGUAAUUGUGGAGUUGGCGAGAGGGAAGGAAGAGUGGCCUCAAACCUAGUUGCUAGAAGACACUAUAGGUUGAUGCAUGGAAUUGGAAGAUCAGGUGACAUUGCAGCUAUUCAGCCCAAAGCAGCCGGAUCCAGUCUCCUGAACAAAAUUACAAACUCUGUAAUACUGGACAUUCUUCGAGCUGCAGGUGUUCGAACUGUUUCUAGCUGUUUUGUCGUUCCAAUGGCAACAGGAAUGAGCUUGACUCUCUGCUUCCUUGCACUGCGCCACAGGAGACCCAAAGCAAAGUUUAUCAUAUGGCCAAGGAUUGAUCAAAAAUCAUGCUUCAAAUCCAUGAUCACUGCAGGUUUUGAACCUGUGGUGAUUGAGAAUCUGCUUGAGGGCGAUGAAUUGCGCACAGAUCUGCAGUCUGUUGAGAGCAAAAUCCAACAGCUUGGAGCAAAAAAUAUCCUUUGUGUUCAUUCCACUACCUCCUGUUUUGCCCCAAGGGCUCCUGACAGACUGGAAGAACUGGCUCAGAUUUGUGCAAAAUAUGAUAUCCCUCACAUAGUCAAUAAUGCUUAUGGAGUACAGUUGUCCAAGUGUAUGCACCUUAUUCAACAGGGGGCACGAAUUGGCCGCAUUGAUGCUUUUGUGCAGAGCUUGGACAAAAAUUUCAUGGUUCCAGUUGGUGGUGCUAUAGUAGCAGGUUUUGAUGAUGUCUUCAUAAAUGAAAUCAGCAAAAUGUACCCAGGCCGAGCCUCGGCAUCGCCCUCAACAGAUGUUCUUAUCACGUUGCUAUCGCUUGGUCUGAAUGGCUAUAAGCGUCUCUUAAAAGAAAGGAAGGAAAUGUUCACUUACCUUUCAACUGAAUUAAAGAAGUUGUCUGAAGCUCACAAUGAAAGGCUUCUGGGGACUCCAAACAACGCUAUUUCUUUAGCAAUGUCCUUGAAAAGAUUCCAUAAACACAAUGAUAAGGCUGUCACACAGCUUGGAUCUAUGCUUUUCACUAGACUAGUAUCUGGAGCCAGAGUUGUUCCUGUUGGCUCAGAACAAACUAUAAACGGAUAUACUUUCCAAGGAUUUAUGUCACACACUAAUCGCUAUCCAUGCCCUUAUCUGAAUGCUGCAUCAGCAGUUGGAAUAAAAAGACAAGAUGUGGAUCUUUUUAUUAAGAAACUGGACAAGUGUCUCAAGAUCCUCCUGAAAGAGAAAGGCAUUUCAGGAGCUGAAAUGGACCUUGAAAAAGAAAUGUCAGCAAAUAUUGAAGAUGAUGAUACAGCAGAAUUGAUGGAAAAUGUUCAAAUUGGUCUAAAAAUCCCGACAGAUAUGGUAAAUCAUCCUAUUUGAUACCCCUUUAAUUAACCAAGUACUUCCAGCUCAAUCCAGAGGUGAACUUGCAGAAGUGUAUGACUGAAAAAUAUAAUAAAAAAUGUCAUUAUACUUCAUCUUUGGUAUGAAUAAUUGUUGAUCAGCUUAAGAGGGAAUUAUGUUAUGAUUUGGAGUACUAUCUGAGGAAUUAAUGGUAAGAUAACUGUUUUCUGAGUGAUGAAAACAAUAAAAUGACCAGGGUUUGUUUGUUAAGAAUCCAUUGCAAAUGGGGUAUGUUAACCAACAAUAUGUACGUCUUCUGGAGAUAAAGUUAAAUUGAUUUUAUUGGGAAACUGAAGAAAAUAAUUUAAAAUAUUUUGAAUUUGCUCUGACACUGUGAGAUUAUCUCAAGCAUUUUAAUGGUGUAGGUAUUGAAUUUGAUAUUGCAAUGUUUUCAAUGUUAAUUACAAGCUGUUAUAUUAAUAUAUGUAAACAUUUAACUUGUAAGUGUAAAUAAUAUUUUGCAAAAGGAUGGAUGGGAAUUACCUAUAUUUUUUCUGCUCGUACGAUGAGAGUUGAAAGCAUUUUUGAUGUAUUGCCUUAUACCUGAGUUACUUUAGUAAACCACUUCUCUUCUUUGCACUA